AUGGACGCGGCGGCGACGGUCGUGUCAUCGAGCGGCGACGCUCCCCUGCUCCUCCUCCUUGCCCUCGCCGUCUCCCUGCUCCUCGCCGCGGCCGUCUGGUCGAGGCGUGGCCAGGGACACCCCAACGGCGCGCCGAGCCCGCCGUCGCGCCCGCUGCUCGGCCACCUCCACCUGCUCGGCAAGCCGCUGCACCGCUCGCUGGCCGAGCUCGCGGCCGCGCACGGCGGCGCCGGUGGCCAGCUGGCGCCGCUCCUGUCGCUGCGCCUGGGCGCGCGGCGCGCGCUGCUGGUGUCGUCGCACGGCGCGGCCGAGGAGUGCUUCACCGCGCACGACGCCGCGUUGGCGGGCCGGCCGCGGGUGCUGGCCGGCGACCGGCUCGGGUACGGGUACACGAUGCUGGUGUGGGCGUCCCACGGCGACCACUGGCGCGCCCUGCGCCGGCUCCUCGCCGUCGAGGUCUUCUCGGCGUCCCGCGUCGCCGCGCGCGCCGCCGACCGCCGCGCCGAGGUCGCCGCGCUCGUCACCAGCCUGAGCCUGCUCCACGGUGGCGCUGGCGCCGCGGUGACUCUCCGGCCCAGGCUCUUCGAGCUGGUGCUCGGCGUCAUGCUGCGCGCGCUCACCAGGGAGCGCGCCCACGGCAGCGACGUGCGCAGGUUCCAGGAGAUCGUGGAGGAGACGUUCGCGGUCAGCGGCGCGCCCAGCGUCGGGGACUUCUUCCCGGCGCUGCGGUGGGUGGACCGCAUGCGCGGCGUCGAUGCGGCGCUUGUACGUCUUCAGGCGAGACGCGACGCGUUCGUCGGCGGCCUCGUCCAGGACCAACGGCGAAGGCGCGACGCCGGUAAUGGCCGAGACACGCCGGAGAAGAAAAGCAUCAUUGACGAGCUCCUGUCGCUGCAAGAAGCUGACCCUGAGUACUACACGGACACGAUCAUCAAAGGCCUCGUCUUGAUGCUACUCACCGCCGGCACCUACACGUCGGCGCUGACCACCGAGUGGGCAAUGGCGCUGCUGCUGACACACCCAGAAGCAAUGCGAAAGGUGAGAGCUGAGAUAGAGAGCAAUGUCGGCACCGCACGGCUUGUGGAGGAGUCGGACAUCACGAACCUCCCAUACCUGCAAUGCGUGGUCAAGGAGACCCUGCGGCUGCGCCCCGUCGCCCCGGUCAUCCCAGCUCACGAGGCCAUGGAGGACUGCACCAUCAUCAGCGGGUUCCACGCGCGCGGCACCAUGGUCCUCGUGAACGCCUGGGCGAUCCACCGGGAUCCCAAGCUCUGGGACGCGCCGGAGGAGUUCAGGCCCGAGAGGUUCUUGGAUGCCGGCGUGGUGACCACGGUCACCACGCCCAUGCUGCCAUUUGGGCUUGGACGGAGGCGGUGCCCUGGGGAGGGAUUGGCAUUGCGUCUGAUUAGCUUGACGCUGGCGGUGCUCGUGCAAUGCUUCGAGUGGGAUGUUGGUGAAGGCGGUGUCAUUGACAUGACCGAAGGCGUUGGGCUGACAAUGCCCAUGGCCAUGCCGUUGGCAGCUGUCUGCCGGCCUCGGGAGUUUGUCAAGGGCAUGCUCUCUACUUCAACAUGA